AUGCCUGCAGGAAUGAAUAAACAUGGAUCUCGAUCUACUACCUCUUUGCCCCCGGAUCCCAUGGAGAUUGUCAGGAGCAAAGCUUGUUCCAGAAGGGUCAAACUUAACGUGGGGGGUUUGGCACAUGAGGUUUUAUGGCGAACCUUGGACAGGUUACCACGGACAAGAUUGGGUAAACUCAGAGAUUGCAAUACUCAUGAAUCUCUGAUGGAUAUAUGUGAUGACUAUAACUUGGAGGAGAAUGAAUAUUUCUUUGAUAGGCACCCGGGGGCAUUUACUUCUAUCUUGAACUUUUACCGGACGGGCAAGUUGCACAUGAUGGAGGAAAUGUGCGCCUUGUCCUUCAGCCAAGAACUGGAUUAUUGGGGAAUUGAUGAAAUUUAUCUAGAGUCUUGUUGCCAGGCAAGGUACCACCAGAAAAAGGAACAGAUGAAUGAGGAGCUCAAGAGAGAAGCAGAGACCAUGCGUGAAAGGGAGGGAGAGGAAUUUGAUAACACUUGCUGUGCAGAAAAGAGAAAAAAACUCUGGGACCUUUUGGAGAAACCCAAUUCUUCUGUAGCAGCCAAGAUUUUGGCCAUUAUUUCCAUCAUGUUCAUUGUGCUCUCUACAAUUGCCUUGUCUCUAAAUACUCUUCCUGAGCUUCAGGAUACAGAUGAGUAUGGAAAUCCUACAGAUAACCCGCAGCUAGCUCACGUAGAGGCCGUGUGCAUCGCAUGGUUUACAAUGGAAUAUCUCUUGCGUUUCCUCUCUUCUCCUAAGAAAUGGAAAUUUUUCAAAGGGCCCCUGAAUGCCAUUGACCUGUUAGCAAUCUUGCCCUAUUAUGUCACCAUCUUCCUCACAGAAUCCAACAAAAGUGUACUUCAAUUCCAAAAUGUCCGGAGGGUAGUCCAAAUAUUUCGUAUCAUGAGGAUACUCCGUAUUCUAAAGUUGGCCAGGCAUUCAACUGGUUUGCAAUCUCUGGGGUUUACAUUGAGGAGAAGCUACAACGAACUUGGAUUACUUAUUUUGUUUUUGGCCAUGGGCAUUAUGAUCUUUUCAAGCUUAGUGUUUUUUGCAGAAAAAGAUGAGGAAGAUACAAAAUUCAAGAGCAUACCAGCAUCGUUCUGGUGGGCAACAAUAACCAUGACAACCGUUGGUUACGGAGAUAUCUACCCUAAGACUCUUUUAGGUAAGAUAGUUGGUGGCUUAUGCUGUAUUGCUGGAGUCUUAGUGAUUGCCCUUCCAAUCCCAAUCAUUGUAAAUAACUUUUCAGAGUUCUACAAAGAACAGAAGAGGCAGGAAAAAGCCAUUAAGCGUAGGGAAGCCCUUGAAAGAGCCAAAAGGAACGGAAGCAUCGUGUCCAUGAACAUGAAGGAUGCUUUUGCACGUAGUAUAGAAUUGAUGGACAUCGUUGUUGAAAAGAAGGGAGAAAAUGCAGGAAAAAAGGAUAAAGUUCAGGACAAUCAUUUAUCCCCAAGCAAAUGGAAAUGGACCAAAAGAUCAAUCUCUGAAACUAGCUCCAAUAAAUCCUUGGAGACAAAGGAACAAGGGUCACCUGAAAAAGCUAGGUCUUCCUCUAGUCCUCAGCAUCUGAAUGUUCAGCAACUGGAAGACAUGUACAACAAAAUGACUAAAGCUCAGUCACAGCCAAACCUCAAUUUAAAGGAGACAGCUCAACCCAGCAAGCAAAAAGAAGAACUAGAAAUGGAGGCCAUUCCUGGCCCAAUGGUCCCUUUGUUGACUACUCGGGCAGAUGGAAUAAUUGACAUGCGAAGCAUGUCGAGCAUUGACAGUUACAUAAGCUGCAUGACUGAAUUUCCCGAAGCUGGGAGAUACUCUCAUAGCCCACUGACAUCACUGACCAGCAAAGGUGGAAAGCUUCCCCUUCACGACCCAUAUAGACUGGAAGGAAGUGGGUCCAAAUUCAUGGAAAUAAAACCAAAUCUGGAAAGUGGCCAUUGCUCUACCUUUUUCAUAGAGAGCCCCAAAAGUUCAAUAAAACUCAUUAACCCUCUAAAACUGAGGUCUCUGAAGGUUAAUUUUAUGGAAGAGGAUGCUGUAGGGUCAGCAGCUUCAAAUGUCCUAAGAAUAUACCCUGAUACCAUCAAGAACAGGGGAGCUACAGGUGCUGCCACAGAUAGUUCUGGCUAUUCUGAUCGGUCUCUGAUGAGUCCAGAAACUUCUGUUUAUACGACUGCAAGUGCUAGAACCCCUACAAAGUCACCUGAGAAGCAGGCACCGAUUGUUCUUAACUUCCAUGAUGCUGGCAUUCAUAAAUUUAUUGAUGCUGACACAGAUGAUGAAGGUCAGUUGCUCUAUGACUCAAGUCCUCCAAGAGCCUCUUCAGGACAUACUAGCCCCAAAUACAGCAUUUCUCAAAGAGGCUAUAUAAGGCAACGAGAUAACAUUUGUAAAACAGAGAAGGAUCGUUUAGCAACUGCUGCUUUGUCCUCUACACCCAAGCUUUUAGGGCAAAAUUGCCUUUAUUCCAUGGAAAAUAUCACUGGAAGAACCCAUGGUAACCAGGAAACUAUCAAAUUAGACAACCAUAUUUCACCUGAGAUUCACAUAUUACCAGGUGGUGGUGGAGGAGGACAUAUUAACAAACAUGAUCAAAAUAUCUGA